GCACAAACAUUCCCUACGCACAUCCCCAUCUUGAUCUUACGUUACACUUUUUCGUUCGGCGUAAUCAAACACUUCCCGUUCCCAUCAAAACCUCCCUCCUUUUCUUUCUUUUUCUUUCUCUCCGGCGCCACGAUAAAUCUGUCCGGCCGCCGGCGGUUCGCCCCUGCCAAGAGACGGCAAUGGCUCGCGGCCAGAUCACACAGCCCCUCCUCUUCCUCCUGCUUCUAUCGACCGCGCUCCCGUCUCUGGCUCAGCAGAGCAACAGCACGGGCCACACCCGUUCGUCCAGAACCGCCGGCGGGUUCUCGCCGACCACCGUCGUCGUGCUCGUCGUCCUCAUCGCGGCCUUCGUCGUCCUCACCCUCUUUUCGAUCUACAUCAACCGCUGCACCGGCGGGCACCCCGUCCCUCGCCGGCCGUACCGUAGCACGGUCCCGGAUCAGCCCGUCGAUGCCGCCGCCCAAUCGGAUCGCUGCCGCCCCCGCGGCAUCGACAGGGGGGUCGUGGAGGCCUUCCCGACGGCCGUCUACGGCGACGUGAAGGCGCACAUGGCGACCACCAAGUCGGGCCCGCUCGAGUGCGCCGUCUGCCUCACCGAGUUCGAGGACUGCGACGAGCUCCGGGUCCUCCCGGCGUGCUGCCACGUCUUCCACCCGGAGUGCAUCGACCCGUGGCUCGCCGGCGCGGUCACCUGCCCGCUCUGCCGGGCCGACCUCACCGAGCCCCCCGCGAUCCCGGCCGGCGCCGAGAGCCGCGGCUACCUGACGGAGACGGCCGUGCAGGAGGAGCCGGAGGAGCUCGACGAGGAGUGCUCAGUGGUCUCUUUCACGGCUGAAUCUCUCACCAGUUUCAGUACAGUAUGGAGGCACGAGUUCACGGGCGCGGAGUACAACCACUACCGCAGAACGCAGUCGGCCAUGGAUGCGCCGGACCGGCACACUCUCAGGCUGCCAGAGCACGUCAUGAAGGAGCUCGCCGCCGUCCGGAGGCACCGGCGGGCGGCUAGCCUCGCCGCAGAGUAUCCGGACACCGCGGAUCAGAGGACGCCGGGGUGGCUGACCUCGUUCCUGCGGUCCAUGUCAUGGCAGCGGCAGAGCCGCGGGGACUCGGACGCCGGGGAGGAACACGGCGGCAGCAAACGGAUUCAUCCCGUGUCCGGAGCGCCGGUUGAAAGACCGAGCGGGUCGGGGUCCGGCGGGGACGAGAAGAAAGAGAGCUCCGACGUUGACGCGUUAAACCGGGUUUGACCUCUUCGUUCGUUCUUGUGUGUAAUCUUCGUCUGAGUUCCUUAUGCAAAUAGAAUUUUUAUAGACCUCCAUGGCUUGCGAUCUCGUUGUUUCUUUCUCUCUUUGAAUUUGGAAGGAAGAAGAUCUCCUUGGAUUCAUGCA